ACUCUGCAUAACUUUCUGCAACUGUCAUAACAAAUACAUAUAUAUAACAAAAUUUGAGAGACACCCUCUACAUUACAUUUCUACACCCCAUUAUUAAGAACUCAUCUUUUUGAGGUGAUCUGAGGAUUUGGAUUGCUUGUUUAUAAGGGAAUAAUAGAAAGAGUUGUUUCAGAAUUGGCAUUGUUUUGAGUGGUUCUGUGUGAGAAUUGUGUAAAAUUUUAAUUUUGAUAAUUGGUAGUUGAUGUGUCAUAAUCUUUUAGGAGGGGCUUUUCACUGAUCUGCAUUUGCUUGUUAUAUUUUGGUGAUUGUGGAGACUUAUGGGAUUGAAAUUCUGCCAAAUUAUUAUCUUGACUAGUUUGGCAUGAUUGGGGGAAUUUCUUUAUGUUGAGUUUAGGUAGUGGUUUAAACAGAUGCCAGUUGAAAUUGUUUGGAUUUUGGGUGAUAUAUAUGGGAGAUGGUCUCUGAUGAUAUAUUAUAGUUUUCAUAGUUUUUGGAGGUUUAGGUUGAAACAAUAGCUACCAUCUACCGGUCUUCUCAACUCGAUUUUCGAAAGGGAUUCUUGAAACUUGGCCAUGAGAAGCCCUUUGCUCAAUAAACUAUCAUUAAUUUUCGGUCCUAGACCGCCACUCAACUGGAUACUCUUGUGUCUGGUCAGUGUAUUUGUUCUAAUAGCAUUGUUAGGAUCAUCUUCUUCUAGUACAUUUGAUUCGGUGACUUCCUCCGCGAAGCCUGAUAUCUAUACAAAUUAUAGAAAGCUAAAGGAGCAAGCAAGAAACGAUUAUUUAGAGCUAAAAAGUAUUUCUCUGGGAGCUAAUCGGAUAAAGGAUGUUGGUCUUUGUGGAAAGGAGAGAGAGAAUUAUGUGCCUUGCUAUAAUGUAUCUGCAAACUUGUUAACUGGGCUUAAAGACGGGGAGGAAUUUGAUCGUCACUGUGAGUUACCGCGGGAACACCAAGAUUGUUUGGUUCGUCCUCCUAAGGAUUACAAGAUUCCGCUGACUUGGCCAGCAGGUAGGGAUGUCAUAUGGAGUGGAAAUGUGAAGCUAACCAAAGAUCAGUUCCUUUCUUCCGGAAGCAUGACAAAAAGGCUAAUGUUACUGGAAGAGAAUCAAAUUGCUUUCCAUUCAGAGGAUGGAAUGAUUGUUGAUGGUGUCAAAGAUUACUCUCACCUUAUCGCAGAGAUGAUUGGGCUGGGAAGUGAUACAGAGCUUCUUCAAGCCGGUGUGAGCACCGUGCUGGAUAUUGGUUGCGGAUUUGGUAGCUUUGGUGCCCACCUACUCUCGCUGAAGUUGAUGGCUCUUUGUGUGGCAGCAUAUGAGCCAUCUGGUAGCCAAGUUCAGUUAGUACUCGAGAGAGGACUUCCAGCAGUCAUCGGCAAUUUUAUUUCUAAACAGCUUCCAUUUCCAUCAUUGUCCUAUGACAUGGUUCACUGUGCUCAGUGUGGAAUCAUUUGGGACAGCAAAGAUGGGCUGUUUCUUAUUGAAAUUGAUCGUUUACUCAAGCCCGGAGGUUACUUUGUUUUAACCUCACCCACAACCCGGCAACAGGAUAGUUCUACCGGUGCAAAGAAGGGAAGCACGUCUAGUCCAUUGGAAGAAUUCACUAAGAAGCUCUGUUGGUCUCUUUUGGCACAACAAGAAGAGACCUUUAUUUGGCAGAAGACAGUUGACUCUCAGUGUUAUACAUCCAGCAGGCAGGGUGAUAUACCAGUUUGUAAAGGAAAUGAUAUGCAAUUGUAUUACCAACCACUCGCACGUUGUAUAUCCGGGACAACCAGUCACCGGUGGGUUCCACUUCAUAGCAAAUCUGAUCCUCUGAACUCCACUGAGCUUGAAAUUCAUGGGCUCCAUCCUGAUGAUUUCUUUGAGGAUUCAGACUUCUGGAAAUUAGCUUUGAGAAAUUAUUGGUCUUUGCUGUCACCCUUAAUUUUCUCUGACCAUCCGAAAAGGCCAGGUGAUGAUGAUCCAUUGCCUCCGUAUAAUAUGGUACGGAAUGUCAUGGACAUGAAUGCUCAUUAUGGCGGUCUUAGUGCUGCAUUGAUGGAGGCAAGCAAAGCGGUUUGGGUGAUGAAUGUUGUGCCUCUUGGGGCGCGUAAUACGCUUCCACUCAUUCUUGAUCGAGGUUUUGCCGGUAUUCUGCAUAACUGGUGCGAACCUUUUCCAACAUAUCCCCGAACAUAUGAUUUGCUCCAUGCGAAUGAGCUCCUUUCCCAUAUUGUUUCACAAAAAUGCAGCAUGUUUCAACUACUUUUGGAGAUGGAUCGUAUUUUAAGGCCCGAGGGAUGGAUUAUUCUUUCUGAUACAUUGGGUCCCAUAGAGAAAGCACGGACGUUAGCUGCCCAAAUCCGCUGGGAAGCUAGGGUGAUCGACCUCCAGAACGGAAGUGACCAGCGACUACUUGUAUGCCAAAAACCAUUCGUGAGGAAGUGAUAUUCUGCAAAUGAAAAGUUUCACCAAUCCAAUGAUUGUCCAGUCCUUUUUAACACUGGCCACAAGCUGCGCGAUGAGGUUUGAAUCUUGGUCGUCUUGUUGAUGGAUAAUAUGGUGCUCAAAAUGAUGAAACUAUAAUUUUUGGAAGCUGAAGAAUAGGGAGCGCUUUGCUUCAGAAGUUGUUACAGCACAGAAAGAAUAUUUUUGCCCUUUUUACACUAUUUAUGUAGCAAUUCUUUCAUCUCAUUGCUUCUCUUUUUCCAAUUUUUGAAUUUUUUCCGAAUAUUGUAAUUGAGUCGUGUUUUAUACUGAAGAACUACCCUUUACUCAGAGCAAGAGUUCUAGUCAAAUAUUGGAAUCAACCAUAAAGAUAACAUUUCCCAAAUUCUUCAA